AUGCCCACUGCAAUUGAAGAAUCAGACCAUGGGCAGCAGCGAAAUUUGGCCCAGAAAAUUGCUAGGGUUUUAGAUGACAUUCGGAGCUCAAAUGCCACACACAUUCGAAAACUGAAAGACCUCUCCGCUCUCCGGGCCUCGUCACCGGUCCAAUUCUUUGAGGCAUUUUCCAAAGCCAUCAUUCCUCUAUUCAAUUUCCAGCGCCGGACUGCCUCUGCAGAGCGAAUUGUUAAAUUCGUCUCGCUCUUUGCUUUCACUCCUGAUGCGAAGAAUAUUAGCAGUUCUGAUGGGUUCUUGGAGAAUUUUCUGAGGUUUUUGCUUUUAGCGGCUGAGGCGGCUAAUAAGACGGCUAGGUUUAGGGCUUGCCAGAUCAUUUCUGAGAUCAUUAUACGGUUGCCAGAUGAUGCAGAAGUGAGCAGUGAACUCUGGGAUGAGGUGAUUGAAUGCAUGAAGUUGCGGGUGGGUGAUAAGGUUCCUGUAGUUCGAUCAUUUGCAGUCAGAGCUCUUUUACGCUUUGCGAAUGAGUCAGAGAACAGAGACAUUAUUGACUUGUUCCUUCUGGCACUACCUUUGGAGCAGAAUGCAGAUGUUCGUAAGACUAUUGUGUUAUCUUUACCUCCUUCAAAUGAAACCUUAUCAAUAAUAAUUGAGAGCACUCUGGAUGUGAGUGAAUCAGUACGGAAGGCAGCUUUUUGUGUUAUAGCCAGUAAAUUUCCACUUCAGACUCUCAGCAUAAAGCUUAGAACAACCAUGCUUCAGAGGGGGCUUGCAGAUCGCUCAACAGCCGUAGCAAAGGAGUGUUUGAAAUUGAUGAAAGAUGAAUGGCUUUUGCAGUGCUGCAAUAGAGACCCUAUAGAAUUACUUAAGUUUCUUGAUGUUGAAACCUAUGAAUCAGUCGGGGAGUCUGUAAUGGCCACUCUACUAAAAGAAGGAUUGGUAAGUUUGCAAGAUGGACAAACCAUAAGGCAGUUCUUGGCAUCAACUAGUGACGCAACUGAAGAAGACUGCAAUCAUGGCAUCCAACUCAUGGAAGCUGAAGUUGCUCUUUAUUGGAGAAUGGUCUGUAAGCAUCUACAGAUGGAAGCUUCUGCAAAGGGCUCUGAUGCUGCUAUGACAACAGGCGCAGAAGCAGCAGUAUAUGCAGCAGAAGCUUCAGACCACAAUGAUCUUCUUGACAGUGUUCUUCCUGCUACUGUUUCUGAAUAUGUUGAAUUGGUUAAUGCUCACAUCGCUGCUGGACCAAAUUAUCGUUUUGCAUCUCGACAACUACUACUUCUUGGCACUAUGCUUGACUUCUCUGAUGCUUCAAACAGAAAAGUAGCCAGUGCAUUUGUUCAGGAGUUAUUGCACAGACCCCUUGAUCAUGAAAUGGAUGACAGUGGAGUUGAAGUUGUCAUAGGAGAUGGUAUUAAUUUAGGUGGAGAGAGAGAUUGGGCUGCUGCUGUGGCAGAAUUGGCAAAAAAAGUCCACGCAGCUGCAGGAGAAUUUGAAAAAGUUGUACUUGGGGUAGUUGAGGAGCUGGCUCGGCCUUGCAGAGAGAGAACAGCAGACUGCAAGCAAUGGCUACACUGUCUUGCUGCGAAGCAUGGUCACUUGGAUGUCCAGAGGGCUGCUAUCAGGUGUCUUGGUCUUUUUGGGUUGUUAGAGAGGAAACCUAGUGAAGUUCUAGUAAGACAGUUAAGAUGUUCUUUUGUAAAGGGCCCUUCUGCGGUUACAAUAAUGGCUUCUAAGGCAUUACUUGAUCUCGGAAUAUGGCAUGGUCCGCAUGAAGUUGACAACGCCAUGAGCUGUAAUCUCUCAUCCCAACUCCGUGAUCAUAGAAUGGCUUGGACUCCUGUUGACUUGAGCAAUGGAAGCCAAGGUUUGGAUAUUGAACUGCUUGAUCUGCUAUAUGCUGGACUUGAGAGACAAGAUUGGGGUGCUUCUGCUGAAGUUGAUGAGAAUGAGUCAAUUCAGGCCAUCCUGGGAGAAGGCCUGGCUAAAAUUCUUCUUUUAAGUGAAAAGUUUCCAGGAGUACAAGCUUCAACAUAUCAUUUACUAUUAGCCAAGCUCAUUAUCCUGUACUUUUGUAGUGAGAGUACAGAACUUCAGAGGUUGAAACAGUGUCUAUCUGUUUUCUUUGAGCAUUAUCCAUCUCUCUCUGUGAAUCACAAGAAAUGCAUAUCCAAGGCUUUUAUGCCAGUUAUGCGUUCCCUGUGGCCUGGUAUCAAUGGAAACGCCACAGGAUCUACAAUUAUGGUGUCUAACAUGCGUAAGCGUGCUGUUCAAGCUUCCCGCUUUAUGCUGCAAAUGAUGCAAGUUCCGUUAUAUGCAAAGGAGACUGCACCAGAUGAAAAUGAUGUUGAAAGCCUGGAUAAUCAGGCUGAUCCUUCACUUGAUUUUGAGAGUGGAGAGGAAGGGCUUGCGAUACGCAUUGCAGUAGAGGUGGCAAGCUUCCAUGCGAAGAAGACAUCAGCUGAGAAAUCAUAUCUUUCUGCAGUUUGUAGAAUACUUGUGUUACUUCAGUUCCGGGCAUCUGAACAGGGGGCAAUAAAGCUUGUGCGGCAGCUCUUAAAUCGUGUAUCUGAAUCUGUAGCUGCUGAAAAAGAUCUACUAAAGGAGCUGAGGCAGAUGGCUGAACGCCUGAAGGAAUUAGAUGGACACCCAGACCAGAAAUUGUCUUCUGAUCAGACUAAUCAGAUCCUUGGGAGGUUGGAACUAGAGAUCAACCUUGAAGAGGACGACACAAUGGAAGUGCCAUUGACUCCGGCAGUACAAUCAACAAGGCCAGGUCGUGCUAGAAGACGAGCAAGGGUUGAAGAAGAAUCAUCAUCCGAUGAUGAACUCUCGCCCACUUCUGUGGCUCCCACGAAUCCUGCUGUGAUGAGUACUCGAUCACAGAGGGCAAGUAAGACAGCAGCAUUGACCAAAAUGACUGCCAAACAAACCGUUAAAAUUGAUGAGAAUGAUGAAACUGAUGAUGAUGAUUCUGGCUCAGAGGUGACAUCUGAAGAUGAUUCAGAUGCUUUUGAUUAG